GCCGCGGAGUCCGAACAGCGCGCGGGGAGCCGUGCCCGGGGGAGCCGUGCCCGGGGGCAGCGCCGCGCGGAGCCGCCGCACCCAGGGGCGCCGCCGCCGCACCCGCCGCACGGGCAGCAGCGCAGCCACAGCGGGCCCGGCCCGGCCCGGCCGUGAGCGGGGCUCGCAGCGAGCCGCCAUGAGCUUCCUCAGCCUUCAGCAGGCGGCGCCGCCGCGGCGGGUCUCGGCCCGGCGAGCGGCCGCCCCGAUCAGGCAGAAGCUGCUGUUUCUGAACGCCCACAGCGACUGCGAGGAGGAGGACGAGGACGAGGAGGAGGAAAGCGGUAACAGCACCGGCGGGGACUCGGCCUUCCAGGAGGCGGACUCGCCGCUCUCGGCGGCUCGCACCCCGGCGCGGGGCGACCCGCCCCUGCUGGAAGAGGAGGAGGAGGAGAUGGAGCCGGCAGCAGCGCCGCUGCCGGACGAGGGCGACUCGUGGGAGGAAGAAGGGUUCGGCUCUUCUCCGGUGAAAUCGCCUGGAGCCUAUUUCAUGGCCGGCUCGCCCUCCUCGCCGCCCCCCCAUAAGGGCCGCCGCCCCUGCGGGCGCUCCCCUUCCCACCCGGCGGCCAGCGGCUACCGGGUGCCGAGCGAGGAGCCCAGCUCGCCGCUGCCCGACUACCCCGGCACGCCGCCCCACAAGACCUUCCGCAAGCUGCGCCUCUUCGACACGCCGCACACGCCCAAGAGUUUGCUUUCUAAAGCUCAAGGAAUAGGCUCCAGCGCAGUCAAACUUCGAGGGGGCUCUCUAUUUAUGAAUGUUGGGAAAUCAGAGAAGCAAGAAGAAGAUAUUAGACAAACACCUCAUGUGAACAUCAAUCCCUUCACUCCCGAUUCCAUGUUCCUUCAUAGUUCUGAAGGAAAAUGUCGUAGGAGGAAGAGAACACACUGGAAUGACUCUUGUGGAGAAGAUAUGGAAGCAAGUGAUGGAGAGCCUGAAGAUGAAACUAUCAGACCUGCUAAGAGGAUAACUAUAACAGAGAGUAAUAUGAAGUCACGCUAUGCAACUGAAUUUCAUGAGUUGGAGAAGAUUGGAUCUGGUGAAUUUGGUUCUGUGUUUAAAUGUGUGAAGAGGCUUGAUGGCUGUGUUUAUGCCAUAAAGCGAUCCAAGAAACCCUUAGCUGGCUCAGUGGAUGAGCAAAAUGCUUUAAGAGAGGUCUAUGCACAUGCAGUUUUGGGACAGCAUUCUCACGUAGUACGAUACUACUCUGCAUGGGCAGAAGAUGAUCACAUGCUUAUACAGAAUGAGUAUUGCAAUGGUGGCAGUUUAGCAGAUGCCAUAAGUGAAAAUUACAGGAACAUGCGUUAUUUUACUGAACCAGAGCUGAAGGACCUGCUACUUCAGGUGGCUCGAGGCUUAAAAUACAUUCAUUCAAUGUCACUGGUGCACAUGGAUAUCAAACCCAGUAAUAUUUUCAUAUCUAGGACAUCAGUCCCAAGUACGACUUCAGAAGAAGGUGAUGAUGAUGACUGGUCAUCUGAUAGAGUCAUAUUUAAAAUAGGUGACCUUGGUCAUGUAACUCGAGUAUCUAGUCCACAGGUGGAGGAAGGUGAUAGCCGUUUUCUUGCAAAUGAAGUCCUACAAGAGAACUAUGCUCAUUUGCCGAAAGCAGAUAUUUUUGCUCUUGCUCUGACUGUUGUCUGUGCUGCUGGGGCUGAACCACUUCCAACUAAUGGGGACCAAUGGCAUGAAAUACGACAAGGAAAACUACCUAGAAUACCACAAGUGCUUUCUCAAGAAUUACUAGAUUUACUAAAAGUUAUGAUUAAUCCUGAUCCAGAGAAAAGGCCUUCAGCUGUGGCCCUGGUUAAGCAUUCAGUGCUUCUCUCUGCCGCUAAAAAGAGCGCAGAGCAGCUCCGGAUAGAGCUGAAUGCUGAAAAAUUCAAAAACUCUCUCUUGCAGAAAGAGCUGAAGAAGGCACAGAUGGCAAAGGCUGCAGCUGAGGAGCGAGCACUGUUCACUGACAGAAUGACAACGAGAUCUACAACACAAAAUAGACCGUCUCGUCUCAUUGGAAAGAAAAUGAACCGCUCAGUUAGUCUUACUAUAUACUAACUAUGAAGUCUAAAAGAACUACUGAGGAUGACUAUAGCAUCUCUGCUGGACUGAAGCCUAAGGAAUUGAAGGAAGCAUUCAAUUCCUGGUUUCUUGUCCUGUCUGUGAUCAGUGAUCCUAGUUUUACAGGAUUUGUUUCUGGGUUUUUACUUGUACAGUACAGCUAAUUAGCUGUAUUAUCCAUUUGAGUUAAUGGACUCAGUAGUUACUAUCUUGUCUAUAAAGGAUCCUGGAUGUUAAUCCAUAAGCCUUUCAGUUACACUGUUAAAUGUUACAUGGUCCCAGGGUUAACCACUAUAGUGGUGUGCUGCUUUUGUAGUGUUACGGCAUUGUAGUAAGAAGUAAUAGCCCUAAUCCUUAAAAGGGAGGGAGGAGGCCUUGCUUUGAUAGUUACUGAAUUUUUUGGAGCAGAGGGGAAUACAUUUUGAAAGACAGGCUUUAAGGCCAACUACACUCAAACGUACCUGAUGUCAGGUAGACUUCUUUUGUGAAUUUUAUUUGUAUAUUCAACUGGGAGCACUUUGUAGGCAUUGCAUAAACCACAGCUUAGAAACCUGUGGAAUUAAGUGCCAUAUGGAACUGCUGCUAUUUUUAGUUUGUUGUCCUUGCUGUAAACUGUAGCAUUAAAACAAUCAUUAUUGUGUUAAUAGGCUUCUUGUUAAAACAAUUACGUGAAACAAAUCCAAGCUGCAUUUUAGUGAAGGCAGCGUUUUUCUUUCAAAGCUAGUGCAUUGUAAAAUAAUGCACCAAUGUAAUAUUUGGACUCUGUAUUAGUGUAGUGCAAUCGUUAAUGUCUUGGCUAUUGAUGUUUUGUAAUUCUUUCUAAUAAGGUUCUCUAAAUGUUUAUUCUCUUCAGUUGUCUAUUUUUGAGGCUAUUGUAUAUUUUUUCUAUGUUGGAGUACUUGUAAAUAAUUGUUUAGUUUAAGUGUUCAGAUUGUUCUUCAUUGUUCAUGUACAUAAUUUUGAUUGUGUUUAUAGUAUACUAUACUGAAACUGCAGUCUGCAAUGCCAACAGACAAAGCUAAACUAUUCCAUUUUAAGUCCCAAAAUUAAAAAAGAAUAUGGCUGUCAGAACCUGUACUGAUGUUGGACCUAGGCUGACACAAGUUGCUAAAAAAUAGAACUGUUCUAGUUACUGGCUUUUCUCUUAAUUUUAGUUUAAACAAUGGUUCCUAUUUGUGCUCUGUUUGUUCUUACUAGUGUUGAAUUUGAAUAUUAAAGUUAAAAGUUUUGUUUAA